GCAGCUGCUCCCUCCUCUAAUCGGGCGGAUCGAAUGCGUUGGUGGCUCUGAAGUUGAUUCUGAUUUUUGUUUCGUCAAUACGCCGGGCUCUCUUUUCAGACAUUUCUCUAAAAAUAAUCGCAGUCGACUGUGUUAGUUUUUGGUGGCAAAAAUCGCACUACUCCUUUUUUCUCGACUUUCUUCUCAGAUUACAUUGACCAGGAGUGCUGAUAUUAGAAGCAAGGGAUUUACGAAGCAUUUUUAUGACAUCCUGUAUUUAGUAUUACACAGGGAGUUCCGCCCAGGAAGCGUUGUACAGAAAGACCGAGUUUUGCCAAUUCUAUUCAUUGCUCAGCGGUGCUAACUGGGGGAAUGGCAGUGAACACAGACGCCGAGUUUGACAAGGCUGCCCUGGGGGGGCCUGGGGUCGCCCCGUCCGGAGAGUCCCUGGAGACCGAGAAGCUGCUGAGCGCCGCCGGGACCCCGGACGCCGCUCGCCGACACGACCUGCGGCUCUCGGGCCCGUUCGCCGUGAACCUGGGCAGCGUCAAGUCCCUGGACGCGGACCUGAAUGGGCGUAGCACCCCGCUGCGCUCGGGCUCCAUGGGACACCUCCGCGCGCCCCCCAGGUCGCCGUCGCACGUCAGCGUACGGAGCCGCACGUCGUCCGUGGGCACCGCGGCCAAGGAGCAGCCCGAGCCGCGCGACUACCUGCUCUUAGCCUUCUGCUCGUGCUUCUGCUUCUUCUGGCCCCUCAGCAUCGCUGCUCUCGUCUUCUCCAUCCUGUCAAGGAACAGCCUGCAGCAGGGAGACCUGGAUGGUGCCAGGAGGCUAGGUCGCCUAGCUCGCCUCCUCAGCUUCGUCUCCAUGGGUCUUGGCCUGCUCAUGAUUGUUGUCUACGUCACAGUUACAGGUGAACAGCUUGUCCACACCCUGCCUCAUUCUAAACACACGUGAGCUGUGUUGCUCAUUAUUUUUUUAAAUCUGAGGAGUCAUGUUCUGGCGGUGAGCUAAGGGU